AUGAAAAGUAAAGAUCUCCAAAACGUCGUACUUAGCAACCGUCAAUCAGCCGAUCAUCCACGAAAAAUCUUCCGUGAUUUGAAUGGUGCUUUAUCCUUAGAUACUAUUCAAAUACGAAUAAAAGUGAUUCAACAAACCCGCUCCAUCAAUCUAUCAAAACCACCAGGUCGUCAACGUACUGCUUGUACAAAAGCAACAAUAAGAAAAGCCAAACAGCGGUUGGCUAGAGGGAAGAGGGGUCAUGCCUACAAAGUCAUCAAAGAACCGGCGAUUACUGAUGAACAAAAAGCUAACAGAAAAAAAUUUGCCACAUGGAAUUUCGACAUUGAUGGUGUCUAUAAGUCACCAAAUGACCGAAUUUGGGCCGUAAACUGUGCGGAAGCAAAUAACCAACGCGGUGUCCGGAAAAGGCGAAAGUUCCCAACUAAAGUUAUGGUUUGGCUGGGAGCAUGUUCACAAAGUCUGACACCGUUGGUGAUCUUAGAUGAAGGUUCGGUUGAUCACAUGGUUCACAUCGAAAAAGUACUUCCAGUGGCAAAGAAAUUCGGCGCCAAGAUGUUCGGUGACGGUUGGACAUUUCAACCGGAUAAUGCAUCUGCACAUAAACAUCAUUUAACGCAAGAAUGGUGUCGUCGACAUUUGCCGUCGUUUAUUAGCAAAGAACGUUGGCCUGUUAAUAGUCCAGACUUUAAUCCUUUGGAUUAUUCCAUAUGGAACGAAUUAGUUCAGGCAAUGGACUGGCGCAAAGUCACGACCAAACUGACCUUGAUUACCGAAUUAAAACCAGCGGUAAAGAAAAUCAGACUCGAAGUUGUUGUACAAAAUGUACAUUCCGUACUUUGA